CAUAUGACGUAAUAUAUGUGCGCCAACUCUUUAGAGUCUGGCAUGAUUGUAAAGCAACCUGUAAAAACAUUUUUUUUUUUUAAAGUUAGGCGCAUUGCUUUACGAGGUGUAACUAUGGAUGAAUACUAUAGCGGUGCUGGAGAGUGGGAUGGGCAAGAGGCUCAUGCGGAAGAAGACGGCUACGCGGACACCGAGGCAGACGAUAAAGUCCAGGAGGAAUGCUUGCAGAAGUUCUCCAGUAGGGACUACAUCAUGGAGCCCACAGUGUUUAACACGCUGAAAUCCUAUUUCCAGGCAGGUGGUUCUCCUGAGCACGUUAUUCAACUCCUGUCUGAGAAUUAUUCUGCUGUGGCCCAAACAGUGAACCUGCUGGCUGAGUGGCUCAUUCAGAUGGGCGUGGAGCCAGCUCAGGUGCAGGAACGAGUAGAGAACCAUCUGAAGAGCCUCCUCAUCAAACACUUUGACCCACAAAAAGCUGACUCUAUUUUCACAGUAGAGGGAGAGACACCAGCAUGGUUAGAGCAAAUGAUUGCUCACACUACAUGGAGAGAUCUCUUUUACAAACUAGCGGAAGCUCAUCCAGACUGCUUAAUGCUCAACUUUACUGUUAAGCUGAUCUCGGAUGCAGGAUACCAAGGGGAGAUCACAAGUGUAUCUACAGCCUGUCAGCAGCUGGAAGUUUUCUCUCGAGUGUUGCGUACCUCUCUGUCCACACUGCUUGAUGGAGGAGAACAAAACCUAGAGAAAAACCUACCUGAGUUUGCUAAGAUGGUGUGUCAUGGUGAGCACACAUACCUUUUUGCUCAAGCCAUGAUGUCCAUUCUAGCACAGGAGGAGCAGGGCGGAUCGGUUGUGCGUCGCAUUGGGCAGGAAGUGCAGAAGUUUGCCCUUCAAAGUGGUCAUGAUGCGAGUCAGAUCACAUUGGCACUAGGGACAGCGGCAGCAUACCCACGUGCCUGCCAGGCUCUUGGUGCAAUGCUCUCCAAAGGAGCACUUAAUCCUGCAGAUAUCACAGUUCUUUUCAAGAUGUUCAGCAGUAUGGACCCUCCGCCCGUGGAACUGAUCCGUGUUCCAGCCUUCCUGGAUCUGUUCAUGCAGUCUUUAUUUAAACCUGGAGCCAAGAUAAACCAGGAUCACAAACACAAAUAUAUCCACAUUCUGGCCUAUGCAGCCAGUGUGGUGGAAACAUGGAAGAAGAGCAAGCGUGUAAAUAUCAAUAAGGAUGAGCUGAAGUCCACUUCCAAAGCCAUUGAGACUGUUCAUAAUUUGUGCUGUAAUGAGAAUAAAGGAGCUACAGAGCUAGUGGCAGAACUCAGCACUCUGUACCAGUGCAUCAGGUUUCCAGUAGUAGCAAUGGGGGUAUUAAAGUGGGUUGAUUGGACUGUGUCAGAACCUCGUUACUUUCAGCUGCAGACAGAUCACACCCCCAUCCAUUUGGCCUUAUUGGAUGAGAUUAGUACAUGCCAUCAGCUCCUACACCCGCAGGUGCUGCAGCUGCUUGUCAAACUCUUUGAAACAGAACAUUCCCAACUUGACGUCAUGGAACAGCUGGAGCUGAAGAAGACUUUGCUUGAUCGCAUGGUUCACCUUUUAAGUCGAGGCUAUGUCCUGCCUGUUGUCAGCUACAUGCGUAAAUGCCUGGAGAAACUCAAUACAGACAUCUCGCUUAUCAGAUAUUUUGUAACAGAGGUUCUGGAUGUGAUCACUCCACCAUAUACCUCUGACUUUGUUCAGCUGUUUUUACCAAUUCUGGAGAACGACAGUAUAGCUGGAACCAUCCGCACUGAAGGGGAGCAUGAUCCUGUGACUGAAUUCAUUGCACACUGCAAAUCCAAUUUCAUCAUGAUAAACUGAGACCAGCCAACACAUCUAACCUGCAGAAACCUUCCAGUUGUUUUAAGCCGAGAAGACCAGGAUUGUAAUGUCCAAUCAAGAGGCCAGUGACAACUCAUUGGCAUCAACAUAUGCAGUUUAGAAUAAAAGCACAUUGAGAGACAAUUGUUAAACACAAUGUAAGUUAUUGUAAAAGUUAGCUUUUUAUUAUUGAAAUGUGCUUUAUGGUAAGAAUCCAUUGUGACCAUUUUGAUUAUACCUUUUCUUUGUGCAUGAUAUUUCUUUCAAUAAAAAAAGGAAAUUGGUUAA